AACCUAAUUUUUCAGGGUUCACGGCUAAACUUGCCUCUAACGAAAACUGCGGAACUCAUCAACUUGACUGAGAAUGACCUCAGCGGAAACAACCCAUGUCCUCCUCAACAGUCAGAGAGCUCAAAGACAUCAAUUCUUCCUCCGAAGGUUCCUGCAGAGAGACUCAAAGCUAUGAAAUUCCCAAUCUCCAAGAUCAUAAUUGGCCAAUGGGUCUACCGUGCAACAAACCCUGACGAUAUUGUGGCGAAACUCUAUUUUGCAAAGAAGAAACUUAUAUGGGAGAUUCUCGACGCUGGAGAUCCAGAGACUAGCAUGCCGAGGCUCAAGACAAAGAUCGAGAUCCAAUGGGAUGAUGUUACUUCUUUUCAAGAGAGUAUUAAUCCACGUGAUGAAACUGGAGUCCUCGAAAUUGAGAUGUUUUUGUUUAUGUGCAGUUGA